CUGCGGGCCGCGUGCUCUGCGGGGUCUCCCGGGAUGGCUGCAGGGGGGCGGGGCGCAGCUGCAGCGCCUGGCGUGGAGAUUCGCUGAGGCGUCGCGGGCCCGCCGCGGGGAGAGAGGGCGCGGAGACCUAGACGCCAAGAUGAGCGACAGCCUAUUUGCUAGGUUGGACAGGCUUUUGUUAGAAUUUGUUUUCCAGUAUCAGCAAGACAUAAGUGCUAAAGAAGAUACGAUUGAAAGAAUUAAUAAAUGCCUUGAAGAUAUUAAAGAAAGCAAAGAAACAAUUUGUAAGAUACGUGAAAGUAUAAAUAAAACAGAUGAGGAAAUUACUCAUUAUCGUAAACAUAUUGAGGAGAUCAAAGAAAAGUGUAGUAACUGGAAGACAACAUGUGAUGUUUUUCAUAAACAUGAAGAUUAUAUGCAGGGCCAGUUUACUAUUUAUCAAGAAACUAUUGAAAAAGACAGAGAAAUGUAUCAUGGUCGUAUAAGUCAGUAUAAAGAUGUUUUAAAGCAGUACCAACUAAAAUACUCUGAAAUACCCCUUUCACGUAACUAUUAUGAGAAGAAAAGCGAAUAUGAAGAAAUUGAAAACAGAAUGUCAGCAUGUACUGAGCAAUUAAAAACAAAUGAAGCAAUCCUUAAGGAACUUCUAGUGCCUGCACCCUUUCCAUCACUUUCUAAGUGGACAUUGCACAUAGUUAAUUUGAGAUUUAAAACAGAAGAUAUUCUUACAUAUGCCAACAAUUUUACCAAAAAUUCAUCUGAAUUGAAAAAAGAAAUAAAUGAAGCAGAAAUAGAAAUUAAUUCUUUAAACAAGGAGAUUGCAAGACUUUAUCAGAGUAAGAAUCUUUCAGAAACUCUGGAAGAAAACAACAAAAAUCCAGAAAAGAGAAAGGAAUUGAAAGAAAGAAUUAUUGAAAAAGAUGAGCAUGUAUUCAGGAAAACUCCUCAAGGUUGUCAAUUAUAUCUGCCCUAUGAAUCUCAGAAAUUAGUAAGACCAAGAAAGAGGCAGUCUUCAGAUCCAAAAAUUACAGCAGUACUACGUAAUCUAGAUAUAAAAGAAGAAAUUUCUGUGAAGCAGUUGAAGCUUGCCAAUACUGACUUCAGACAAAAAGAAAAUUAUACACAGGUAUUUAAUGACUCUAAUAUGAAUGAUGAUUCACAUGUAACAACUAUUAAAAGUGCACACAAUUUUGUGCAAUUAAGAUUAACUCCAGAGGAGCAAUCAAAUUACAAUCAGUGGUUUGAAAAAGGACGCACAGAUGCUGAGUAUGAAGAUAAAGGGACAGGAAGACAAGUAAGAGAAUCAGAAUGUACUUCACAAGGGAUAGGUACAGAAGCUUUUGAAAAAUCAAUAGAAGAUAACAGUGACAAAAUAGAAGAAAUGGCUGAGAAUUUUCCACGAACUCCUGAAACUCCUUUAUUUUUAAGAACUCCUGAAGCUAUAAAGACACCUGAAUCUUUGGAGAAAAUGCAGCUACCUAAAACUCCCUUAUUUGAAAUAAACAGAAAUGCAGUACUUGAAGGUCAAUCACAAACUGAGUCUUCUGGAUUUUCAUUUCUUAUGAGUUAUAGUUCUAGAUCACCUGGAUUGAGUUUAUUUGAUUCUUCUAUAUUUGACUCAGAAACAUCAUCAGAUCAGCCUAGUGAACAUCAUCAUUCUGCAGUAAAUCUCAAUCCUCCAUCAUCACAAGAAAUUGGAAACUUAUUUGGGAAACGAAGAGAAGAUGUGUUUACGUUUUCUUUUUCAUCUGACACUUCAACUCGUACAUUUGGAGCUGGAAAGGAUGAUUUUGUUUUUCCAUUUUCUUUUGAACAGGAUCAAAACUCUGUACCUUCCUCUUCAGAAGGUUUUUCAUCUUCUUUGCAAAAUACAACACAAUUUAGUCUUUUUUGAACUAGUUAUUAGUUUUUUGAAUUAUUUUAGUCUCUAGUCAUCUAGGGUGUAAAUUUACAUUAUUACUGAAAACAUGAAGGUUCUUCCUUUUGUUGAUUAAAGUAAUAGUAGAUUAUCAUAGUUGUAUUAUUUCAUUAUAAGUAAUUAAAUUUUUAAAUGUUGAGUGUUUUAUUUGUGGAAUUAGCUAAUUAUUCACUUUUAUUUUGAUUUUUCAGGCUAUAUUCAGGCAGAACUUUUAUUAAUCUGAAUAUAAUUUGAUGCAUUUUCUAUUAAAUUUUAUUAGAAAUAUUUAGCUUGCUACUCCCUAUUUUAUCUGGUAGUAGUUUAAUUGUUUUGAUAAGAACAAGAAUUCCUUCAGGCCAUCAGACCUUUUUUAGUGAUGAUUGUGCAGAUUAAUGCUAAGGUGUACUUUAACAACUAACUUCCUUUAAAAUCACUGGAUUUCACUGUU